ACGAGAAAAAAAAAAGAUGGAAAAAGAGAGAAAACCGUCUCGGCAGUACGGCUCGCUGGAAAACACGCAGGCGGACGCAGAGAAAUCAACAGAAGACGUCGUUUCAAUGGCCGAUUCCACGAUCACAGUGGAGGACAUCGAAGGAGAGCUCUUCAGAAUCGAGCGGAUACGAGACAUCCUCGUCCGGAGGGAGUCAGAGCUCCGAUACAUGAUGGACGACAUUCAGCUCUGCAAAGAAAUCACCAGGCUGAAGCAGGAGCUGCAGAAACUUGUCUCGGUUCCAGAUAAGGAAAAGUCUAAAGAGGACAGAGAGAAGGAAGAAGAGCUGCUGCAGCAGAUCAACAAGCUGGUGGAGACCAGGGACUUCCUCGUGGAGGACGUGGAGUUUGAAAGGCUGCGGGAAAGAGAGGAGGACAGAGAGAUGGCUGCAUUCUUACAGUCCAAAUUUCAAAAAGCUCCAAAAGGUGCUUCUCCAGAUCGGACGGUGGCGUCCGCCUCCCAGCAGACGUCCGCACCCUUCAUCACCAAAACUGGACUGGCGCUGCUGAAGGACUGCUGCGGCUUCACCUGCUCCGUCAUGUAACGCCGCUCGCAGCAGGAAUCUGUGGACCGCUCCUACAGAC